UUCUUCCUUCGGCACACGCCGCUGUGUCAGUCACAUUUCAAUUUGAGUACUUCACUAUGGGUUCAACAACCGUGUUUCGUACCAUACAACCAAAUUGAAUCAGCUCAAGCACUUGUGCACGUUGCACUAGCUGUAAUCACUGUCGUUCUUUCGAUUAUCAUGCUUUACGGACGUUUAGCUCGCAGAAGGUACACGGAAAGAAAUUGUUUGAAGCAACCAAAAAUCACUGUAGAAUUUGCAAAUGGAGCCAACGGUACAUCGCGCAUGAAGAACUCACUGCAGAUAGAGCCAGUUCCCAAUACUGCAAGUGCCUACAUGAACUCAUCAUAUGAUGCUGGUACAAGUACGGAUUAUGAGGCUGCGCUGAGUGGUGUGGCACGUCCCCAGAACGGCUACGUUCGGCAGUCGGCCCGUCGUCCUCGUAUACGUGCUCCAAGACCUCCCAGCUCCGCAUCGGCUGUAGUCUAUCAAUUCAGCACAAUUCGUGUCAUGAGUUUAAUUGUUGAACUGUUAAAGCAACGAAACAGUGACGAGUACUCAGCAGCCACGACAGUUGAAGCUGGUGGUGGGUUGUCGACGAACAAUGGACGUUUAUCGAGAUCCAGUUGCCGGGAAAUUCCUGGACGUCGUACGCGAUCGAGUUAUUUGGAUGAAGAUUGGAUGAGUGAUUACGAGGACGCGUACGCGAAACCGAAGCAGCGAAGUGGCAGUAUGAAGAGUUUCAAGUUGCCGGCAACCGAAGGAGUUCGUCGUAUGCUAUCGCAUGAACAGGUGUUGUCGGCAUCAAGCGCGCUCGGUGAUCGCUCAACAUCACAACGUUGUUCGGCCAGUAAUCUCACAUCGUUGGUCUCAUUCGAUCCAAAAAGCAAUACACUGAUUCGAGUACGUGAACAUUUCGGUGAUGAGGAAGUGGAUAGCAGUAACAACGGCUUUUAUGAAAUUGCUAAACCGAAAGCACAGAAGAAGUCUCCAACAGCAUCGGUUGCAACACCAUCUUCAUCGUCCAAUAAUCAGGAGUCAUCAGCCGUGCCAAAAAUGCUCGCACCAUCAAUUGAUCGCACUCAAGCGAAUUAUGCAUCUCGACGUCUACCCGAACUGCCGUCAACAGCAAGCAAUCCGGUAACGGAUUAUAGAUACUCUUCGGGAACUUCUGACUGGAGUCAAGACUCGAGCACUCGUAUGGUGAAUGGUUACGCAACUAGUGUGAAUACGGUAGAAGCGAUGGAUAAGCAAGAUUCUUUGCGAAUAUCCACUCCUCAGCAGUAUCACCAGGAGCAGCAGUAUCACCAGCAGCAGAAGCAGCAGCAGCAGCGACAACAAACAGAUCCGAAAUCCUGUCGCACCCACAUCGGAUAUGAACCAGCUUUAUGCGAUCCCCUGCCCACGGUCGCUCCAUAUGAUCCUCAAAGAGAUGCUGGCAUCCCGUUGGCUUAUGAGCCGAUUUAUCGUAGUAGUACAAAACAAGUCAGUUUUCGAUCGUUCGUUCAGUUACAUAGAAAUCUGACAGUAUCAACACGCCGAUGCUCUGCACGAAAUUAUCACGAGAAUGAGAACUCGCUUCGGUUAAUGGCGUAUGAGUGUGAACCUCGAGGUGUGCCACCGCCUUCAACGAUUCCGAUCAUUAACGAUACCAGUUUACUUGUUUGA